CAGUGUCUUCCUCCCCGACACUCCCCUCGGCGUCCAGCAGUCUGCCGUACGCUCCCUCUCCUCGGUUCAAUAAAGUUAGCCAGUUCAAAAAGAGAAACCCUAGUCUGGGUCCUGCCUCCCUUCCUACCAGUCUCAGUCCCUCCCUCGCCGCUCGCCCGGCCCCUAGGAUCCCUCCUUCCAGCUUUCAGGGCCCAGCCCAUUGGCCUCGCUGUCGCAGGGGAAGGGGCGGAGAAGCAGCCAGCCUGGGUCGGCCCCUAACGUGGGAGCAGAGAGCACAACCCACAGUGCUUCCUGAGAACCCAUCCAGGGAGGGACACCUUGCUGAUCUAGGAACUGUACAUGGCUGAAUCAGCUCAGCCUAGAGGGUCCCAGGAGUCCUCCAGUCAGACAGAAGCUGGCCAAAAGCCAAGUGUCAUGGCUGCAGGAUCCCUCUUCAGAGCUCUGGUAUCUGCCAAGUGGGUGGCUGAGUCCUUGAAGGCUUCCCAGCCCCUGAAGUUGCUGGAUGCCUCAUGGUACCUGCCAAAGAUGAAACGAGAUGCUCAGCAGGAGUUUGAAGAAGGUCACAUCCCUGGAGCGACCUUCUUUGACAUUGACCUCUGCAGUGACCGGACGUCCCCUUACGACCACAUGCUGCCCAACGCCGUGGACUUUGCUGAGUACGUUGGCAAGCUGGGGGUGGGGAACGGCACCCACGUGGUGGUGUAUGACGGUAGCGACCAGGGCUCCUACUCUGCCCCCCGAGUGUGGUGGAUGUUCAGGGCCUUUGGGCAUGACACUGUCUCACUGCUGGAUGGAGGGCUAAGGAACUGGAAGCGGGAAGGGUAUCCUCUGAGCUCUGGCAGGGCCCGCCCAAUUCAAGCAGAAUUCCAGGCCACCCUAAACCCGAUGUUUGUGAAGACCUACGAAGAUAUCAAGGACAACGUGGAAUCACACCGCUUCCAGGUCGUAGAUGCCCGAGUUGAAGGGCGCUUCAGGGGCAUCGAACCAGAACCUCGGGAAGGUAUCGAACCUGGUCAUAUCCCUGGCACCCUGAACAUCCCCUUUAUUGAUUUUCUGACUGAGGAGGGCCUGGAGAAGAGCCCUGACACCAUCCAAAAACUGUUCCAGGACAAGAAGGUGGACCUCUCAAAGCCCCUGGUGGCAACUUGUGGCUCAGGUGUCACUGCCUGCCAUGUGGCCCUGGGUGCAUAUCUCUGUGGCAAGCCUGAUGUGGCCAUCUAUGACGGAUCCUGGGUUGAAUGGUACAUGCGUGCCCGGCCUGAGGAUGUCAUCUCAGAAGGAAGAGGCAAGACCCUCUGAGUCAGGGGCAGGCAGGAGUCUACCCUGGUCCCAGGUCACCAGCCUUUACCACCCCAGGAUGGGGGGUGGGUGGGGUAGCCCAACCUAACAGUUUUUCCUAACUCUUUUUUUUUUUUAAAUACAGUGGCCAAAUUUCAUUUUUUUUUUAUUCUCAAGGUGUGGCCUAGGUGGCACACUCCCCUAAUUCUCCCUCCCCCCCAGGAGGUCCUUAGUACUUCCUGAUUCUGAGACAAAUGUUAUCCAUUGAAAGAGGGAGGGAGGAGGGCAUGAAGGACACCUUUGGCAGUGGUGAAGGGAUCUGUUGGAAUUGAGUAAAGUGGGAAAUGGAGGGGGAAGAGGGACUUGUCUAGUCCCAAACAUGGCCCUCUGCAAUUUAGCCUGUGUUGACCACCAAACCUACCUCCUCUUAUCUUUUACUGUCAAUAAAUAUGAAGCAUUUAA